GUCCAUGCAUGUAGCCUAUAUGUGUGCGGCGGUGCACGCGCGGCUGAUAUGAGGUUUGGUAUUCCAUGCAGCAGCCUCCCACGCGCCGCUACCGCCCACGCCAGGAUCUGCGUCACGCAGCCGCGUGGGAGUGAGAGAGCAAUGUAGCAAGCGCGGAAUAUCCCAAUUCUGGCAGUAGGGGAGAGAGCGGAAAGCGACUAGUUUGAGAGUCCCUCUGUUUGUCGGUAGUUUAAACGAAAGAGUGCGCGAGAGUCGAACAGUUGAAGUACGCGACUAGCGCGUGACAGAGGCAUUCUCUCUCGCGCCAACGGGACGUCAGGUGAAACGUCGUCCAGUUGAACGGAGCAUCGUCAGUUGUAACUUUUUCGAUUGUGGAACAAGGAAAGAGUGUUUGGGAGAAAAAACUAAGGCAACAAAAAGGUAUGGCAGCGACUUUACCAAGAACCCUUGGAGAGUUGCAGCUCUACCGCAUUCUUCAGAGGGCCAACCUGCUUUGUUACUACGACGCUUUCAUCCAGCAGGGCGGCGACGAUGUUCAGCAGCUGUGCGAGGCCGGUGAGGAUGAGUUCCUUGAGAUCAUGGCGCUCGUGGGUAUGGCCAGCAAGCCCCUACACGUCAGACGCCUACAGAAAGCACUGCGUGACUGGGUCACAAACCCAGCCCUUUUCAAUCAACCCCUCACAUCCCUGCCCGUCUGCAGUAUUCCUGUCUAUAAGCUGCCUGAGGGGUCACCUACAUUGUUGCCAGGUAACGGCGCGCGUGGGGAAACUCAAAGUGUGAAAGUGCCCAAAUGUUUAGCGACUGCUUGCGUAGACCCUGGAAAAGGAGAAGCGGGCAACGGAAGUUCUUCUGCGACAGUUUCGCCCCUCCAGAGCGGCAGCGAGCCGCGGUUUUGGGCCAGUCACGGCACGGAGAGCGAGCACAGUCUGUCCCCUGCAGAUCUGGGCUCACCGUCUUCUCCCCGGGAUGGGCUAGAGGUGCUGGACGCGGCCGCGGUACAGUCCGUGGCGGAGUGCGUGGAAAGAAUCUCACAGACUUUGCCUAAAAGUGACCCGGGAGAGGUUAAAGAACUGUUGAAGGGAAAUAAGAAGUUAGCCAAAAUGAUCAGCCACAUCUUUGAUAUGAGUGAGGAAGAUCCCCAUAGAGAAGAGGAGAUUCGCAAGUAUAGUGCCAUAUAUGGCCGAUUCGACUCAAAACGAAAAGAUGGAAAGCAUUUGACCUUACAUGAGCUCACAGUAAACGAAGCCGCAGCCCAGCUCUGUAUGAAGGAGGUGGCAUUGCUGACUCGCAGAGAUGAGCUUUUUGGACUGGCGCGUCAGGUCUCCCGAGAGGUCACCUAUAAAUACACCUACAGAACCAGCAAAUCUCGAUGUGGAGACAGAGAUGAGCCGUCCCCGAAGAGGAUCAAAACAGAAGAGGGAUGUUUUGACCUUCAAGAGGCGCUGCAGGCAAUUCACAUGCGCCAGGAGACCCUUAAGGAGCAGUUAGCCCACGCAAGAUCUAAGGGAGAGGAGACGGUUGGGCGGAACAUCCAGGUUCAGCUGGAGCGUCUGCUGGCCAAACAGAUGGAGAUCCUGCAUGACGCCGCGGCGCAGGACAGACUCCAGGCUUUGGAGUGGAGGGUUCCACCGGGACCGUACAAACACAGCGGAGACAGACAAAAAAGUAAUGGGGUAUCCACUGAUAAAAGUACCGAACAGGGUGAGCGACCACUGAAUCUGAGGGUUACUGGUCAGAGGACAAACACGUCUGAUGGAGAGACGCCUCUUGGAAAACAGCUGGCCAAUGAGUUGAAGAGGCAUCACCAAGCUAAUAUAGAGAGCAAGACAUCAGGAGCCACAGAAAACGGAGGAGACGCCUCUUCACGUGCCCUCAAUCUCUCAGAGAAGAAGGUCAUCAAGUCAGAACCAGAGGAUUCCAGAUAGCAGCCCUGAAUACUUUUGUGUCGACCCUAUAACGAUACACACGUCGUCUGUCAGUGAAUACUAACCAAGCACAACUACAGUAGAGCCUUAAAAACCAAUGUUGCCUCAAAAUAGAGUUUAUUUUAGUUUCUCACCGUUUUUGUUUUUGCCAAAGCACCUAGAGCCCUUAUUUGCAUUCACCUAAGUAGAUUCACACUGUUUGUGCCGCCACUGACGUUUAAUUCUCGUCGCUGUCCGCUAGGUCUCCAUACUUGUUUUCCUCCUCACGUUCCAUUUUUAUUGGUGUGGACCGUGAAGUCCGCUUUUUGUAAAUACAAAGAAAAUGUCUGUUUGAAAACAAUGUUAUUUAAAUACAGUAUGUGUUAUAUGUAUAUAUGAAUGCAUGUAAAAAUGGGAGUUUCUCCGAAACGGGGAGGGAUACAGUGUUGUCUUUUUUUAGUAUGCAGCUGUUAGUAGUCACCUAUUUAAGUGAGUAUCUUAAAUUGAAUUUCUCGAAAGCCCCCGUGAAGUCAAUCAAUGAGCCGUUUUCUUUCGGCUCAUGUCUGCUUAUUUAACAAAUUGCGGUUUGUAUUUCGGAAAGAGACGUUCUCAUUUUAUAGCACAUUUUUUAGGGCCAACAUAUAUCCCAGACAGCAGACGUCUUCGGGCCGGAUCCAACCCGGAGCUGCUUACUUCAGCACGGAUCCGGCCGGAAUUGUGUGAUGUCUGGGACUGAGUCAAAAAAUCUUCCCAGAAAUGAAAGUUUCCCAGAAAUAAAAGACUGUAUUUCACGGGGUCUAAGAGUCCAGGUAGUUGACUUUUCCGCUCUCUACCAGAGUUUCUGAUAGCAGUGCUAAUGAAUCUGAAUUUUAGUCUUUACUAUGGUGCUAUGGUUGCACAGGGAGUCUGUGGUACUUACCCAUUGCUAUUUAAACACUGAAAUCUUUGAACUCAAAUCUUUGGGUUUCCUUGUAAUCUUGAAUGAAUAGUAAUGCUUGAUUUAUUCUGGUUGUUAAGAUACUAAGCACAAAUAAUAUAUUUCCUAUUCCUAUCUCUACAUUCUUACUGUGCGUGCACACCACCAGCGACUCUUGUCUCUUUCAAAGAGGUCUUUCCUAAUUCUGGUUGUCCUACUAACUACUAUAAACAAAUGAGUAACCGUCCUCUAGGUAAAUGACGGGAAAUAUGACCUCCACCGUUUUACUGUGCAUUUAAACCAGACGCGGUAGAGGCGGCAAAAACGCGGUAUUCGCGCGUAGAUGGACGCUUGAACAUUUUAAGUUUACUCGCUUCAUUUUGUGCGUGAAAAUUGCACAUGAAAUUCUAGUCAUUCCAGACAUUCAUGCGGAUAUUCGCGUCAUUGGAGGGGCUUCUGCGACUCUGCUCGCUUCCUGUAAUCACAUCACUACAAUAGCAAGCUCCUGAUUGGUUAACGUGGCGCGAAUAUCCUCCAAAGUACAGAUUUUUCAACUUGUGCGUUUCCCGCGGCAACGCUUAAUUAACGCCAUGCCAUUCACGCUUACUGUGCCGCACGAUGCCCAUUCAUGUCUUUGCAUUGACUUAACAUGUAAAUUACUCGCGCUUGCCGCCUCUUCCGUGUCUGGUGUGAACGUACAGUUAUGUCGGGUUCACACCAGACGCGUUUGAGGCGUCAAAUUUGCGUCUACCGGGCGUAGUUGGACGCUUGAACAUUUGGAGUUUACUCGCUACAUUUCGUGCGUGAAAAUUGCACAUGAAAUUCUAGUCAUUCGAGACAUUCAUGCGGAAAUUCGCAUCAUGGGAGGGGCUUCUGCGACUCUGCUCGCUUCCUGUAAUCACGUCACUACUAUAGCAAGCUCCUGAUUGGUUAACGCGGAGCAAAUAUCCUCCAAAGUUCAGAUUUUUCAACUUGCGUGUUUCCCGCGGCAACGCUCAAUUCACGCCAUGCCAUUCACGCUUACUGUGCCGCACGAUGCCCAUUCGUGUUUUUGCAUUGACUUAAUAUGUAAAUUUCUUGCGCUUGUCGCCUCUUCCGUGUCUGGUGUGAACGUACAGUUAUGUCGGGUUCACACCAGACGCGUUUGAGGCGUCAAAUUUUGCAUCUACCGCGCGUAGUUGGACGCUUGACCAUUUUGAGUGUACUCGCUUCAUUCUUGCGUGAAAUUCUAGUCAUUGAUACAUUCACGCUGAAAUUCGCGUCAUGAGAGGGGCUUCUCGCUUCCUGUAAUCCAGUCACUACUAGAGCAAGCUCCUGAUUGGUUAACGCGACGUGUUUUUCCGCCAUAGUUCAGAUUUUUCAACUGGCGCGUUUCCUGUGGCAACACUCAAAUUCCCGUCAUUCAUGCAAACUAGACGCGCCUAUGGGGCAGAAUCACGUCUACGUUGCCGUGCUCAACGCCUCGUUUGCGCCGCGAGACCUCCGGACGUGCGCCAAUGCAUCUUUACAUUGACUUAACAUUGACACCUCUACCGCGUCUGGUGUGAACGCAGCUUAACACUUCACCCCCUGAAAGUCGCUUGUCAUUUGCAUAAAGUCAAACUGUUCUCAACUUUGUCGUGUAGCUGGACACACCCACUUCCUGUCGCCAAAAAUCACCAAGCUUUGAUUGAAGUGAAUGAGAUUGAGUCGCUCCGCCGUUGCUAGUUGCUGGCGUUGUGCACGAAGCUUUACGAGUGAUACCGACAAAAUGCUAACACAGAAAAGCACGUUUGUGAAGUAAAGUAACAGUUCCCGUCAUUUCUAGACAUACUAGGACUGUAAAUAGUUCAAACACAUUAAGAGACGACUGGAGGGCAUCAUUAUUGCACCGUUUCAGUCUAUCACACAGAUAAACACAUAAUCAAUGUCUUGUAAUUUUAAAUAUAUAGUAGUAGAGCAAUACCGGGUAGCUGUUGUCACUUAACUCAGUGAACGUGUCUAGUCGUCCCAGUCUCGAAAUACACUCUCUGUACAGUAUUUCUACUCUGUUUGUUAGUGUAAACAUAGUCUUAGAUUCGACGUGCAAAUGUAUGUGAAA